GUCGUUUUCCCCUUUUUGGUCAAAGUUUUCUCGUCCUCCGCCAAAUUGACACCAAACCCACAAUAUAAACCCAAAAUCAAUUGAAAUCUUUGCUGGGUUUUGUUUCUCACUGAUCAAACCCUAAUGGGUCGGAGGCAGAUCGAUUCUGAACCAACGCGUUGGGUCUCACUGAUCCUCCUCGUGAUGGGUCUUUUCUCUUGCUCUCUUGUGUAUAUGUUCAUGUCUUCGAUUUUAAGACCCAAUGAGGACGCCAAAUUUUCAUCAAUUCCAGAAGUUGAAUCUAUGGAAGUGGAAGAAAACGAUGGUGGCUGUUGCAGAGGAAUUGCUAACUUUGAGUUGUGGGGUGCUGCUGUGAAGUGGGGUUCGGAUCACAAGUUCAAUUCGUCAAUUGAGUGCUGUAAUGCUUGCAAGGCGAUGUGUAAUGUCAAUGAUGGGCCUUGUAUGUGUGAUUCUUGGGUGUUCUGCGGCAAUCCUGAUGCUUGCGGGUCAAAAUUCGGCGAGUGUUGGUUGAAGAAACAGAAGGAUCCUAUGGCUCCUGAUAGGCAAGAAGCAGGAGAAAACACCAUCUGGACUUCUGGCCUAAUUUUUGGAAAAGGCGAGGGCAUCGUGAAAAUGGAAACAAAAUAUGGUGCUCUUCGCAUAAAACUUCUCCCCGAAUGUGCUCCGCGUUCAGUUAUGUACAUUCUUGAGUUGCUGACAAUGCGUCAUUGUGUCGGUUGCCAAUUUUAUCGAGCUGAAGGUCGUGGCCAAUCUUGGAAUUCAAAAGGACAUCACUUGAAAUCAGCUUCAUUCGGACCUCCAUUUGCAUUGAUUCAAGGAUCACUAGAAGCCGAAGGAGUUAUUUUCAACAAAAUACCAACCGAAGAAUGUCCCAUUAUCCAAAGGGGCUCGGUUGCAUGGAUCGGUUCGGGUCCCGAAUUUUUUAUAAGUUUAGCGAAUCAUGAAGAAUGGAAAAAGUCAUAUACGGUUUUUGGACAAGUUCUUCCGGAAGAUAUGGAAAUUGCAGAGAAAAUUGUGACACUUCCCACAAUCCCAGAUGUUUGGAACAACAUUAACGUAUCCGUCUUAGAAAAACCCGUGUCCUUUUCGGUUCGAAAGUUUAGCAAGGUUUCGAUCAAGGCCUAA